AUGGGGGACAUUUAUCAAGUUUUAGAAGAUGCCUGCAGUUCCAUACAUCAUCUCUCUGGAUCUUCGGGAAGUGUUUCCAGUCUAAAUUAUCCAUCAAACUAUGAGAACAGUAAAGCAUGUGCAUGGGAGAUCACAGUUCCUGAUAAUAAAGUUGUCCAUUUUUGGUUUGAGGAGUUCCAUGUGGAAGCCAGCACAUUAUGCAGCGAAGAUCAUGUCACCAUAGAGGAUAAUGUUGGGGUCUUGGGUACAUACUGUGGGCAUACUCUUCCCAAUCCGAUAGUAUCAGUCGGGAACAGAAUUUUUGUGACAUUCAUCACUAAUAGUGAAAACAGUGACAAAGGAUUUCAUGCUAAGUAUGAAGCUGUUGAUCCCAAAGAUAUAGCAGAUAUUGUGGGAGGUGGAGGAUUUUUAGAUGGCAACAUAGGAGAGUUUCAGUCCCCGAGUACAUAUAACAACAAGAAUUAUGGCAUGUACCAGUGGAGAAUUUCAGUUGAUGCUGGCUAUAAAGUAAAACUGUCCUUUACAAGAUUUGACUUAGAACUUCCAGGACCAGCUGGUUGCAAUGAAGUGGUUGAAAUUUUUGAUGGUGAAAGAAAAGGAUCUCAGAAACUGGGACAGUUUUGUGGAAAAGAAAUCCCAGAUCCUGUGGGCACUACCUCAAAUUCAGUGGUAGUUCGUUUUAAAGCAAAUCAACAGGGUGUACGAGGAUCAUUCCAAGCUAAAUACAUUGCAUUUGAAGGAGGUGUUAUUCCAACGGAAACCCCAUCUUUUAUUGAUUCCGGUUGUGGAAGUAAUGCUCUGCAACAAGGUCGCAAAGGUUUUAUUCACUCCAUGAAUUACCCUGAUACCUAUCCAGCUAAUCUCACCUGCAGCUGGAAUAUCUCUGUUACCGAAGGAUGGCUUGUUAAACUGACAUUCAUCGACCUUGUCAUGGAUGGAGAAACAGGACAAUGUACUGGAGACAAGCUGGAAGUAUCUGACAGCUAUGAUAUGAUAGGCACUUACUGUGGAUUUUUUAAGCCUCCGGUGAUUAUUAGCUCUAGCAACAAGCUUUUCCUGAAAUUCUCCACAGACAAAAUGAUAACUGAUCGUGGUUUUGAGGUAAAAUGGGAAGAGGUCCAGCCUGAUGAUAUAGAAGAAAUCCAGUCUUGUGGCGGUGGCUUCACCGAGGAAAGUGGAGUAAUUAAAUCCCCAAACUGGCCAAAUAAUUAUGCCCCUAACAAAUUGUGUGUAUGGCAUCUUCAGGUGCCUGAAGGGAAACAGCUUAUAAUCAAUUUCACUCAUUUUGACCUGGAAGACACAGAUAUUAUAAGUAAGCAGUGUUAUGACUACGUGGCAGCAUAUGAAGAGAGCUCUGGGCAAAUCAUAAAAUACGGUCCUUUCUGUGGAACUACACUGCCAACUCGAAUCACUAGUAAUACUCCCACCCUCACAAUUCGCUUCUACAGUGACAUUUUCACAGAGUCAAAAGGUUUUAGAGCCUACUGGACCACCAAUCUCUUACAAGCACCUCCAACCGAUGCACCUCCAGCCCCCAAUCCAUGGGACAGUAUACAAAUAGAAUGGCCAGAUAAGUGUGGACAGCCCGCAUUUCCUCCCCAAAUUAAUUCUAGAAUUGUCAAUGGAGAACCCGCAACACCUCACACCUGGCCUUGGCAAGUGUCCAUGCAGGUGUGGCCAAGUUCACGAAAUGAAACCAUUUUCUUUCACACAUGUGGGGGCACUCUCAUCCACAAGCACUGGGUCCUCACCGCAGCCCAUUGCUUCAUUAAUUACGUAGAUGAACUCUAUCGCUGGCAAAUGUGUGUUGGGAAGCACAACUUAACUUUUGUUGAGCCUACAGAAAAGUGCUACAAGAUUCUUGGUAUCUACCGUCAUGAAGGGUUUGUUUAUCCAGAAAUACCAGCUUUAGAGUUUGACAUUGCUUUGGUAAAGCUAGAUGGAGAAGUGGUGGCCAAUGACUAUAUCGAUUUUGCUUGUCUGCCACCACCUAACCAGGUUCUACCUGCAAGUUAUCGUUGUCAUGCUACUGGAUGGGGAGAUGAGACAGGAAAUUCACUGGCACCAAAAGCCGCAGAAGCAUUAAAUCAGGUGGCACUACCUGUUAUUGCAUAUGAAGUCUGCAAAACACCCCAAUAUUGGUGGUUCCAAAUAAAGGAGUCAAUGAUCUGUGCUGGCUAUGUUCUUCCAGAUGAGUUAAAGUCUGUGUGUCAGGGGGAUUCAGGAGGACCACUGGUUUGCCCAUCUACAAAGAGCAGCUCAAUGUGGGAAGUUCAUGGAAUCACCAGUUUUGGAGCCAUAGGUUGUAUUAUGGACAAGAAACCCAGUGUUUUCACCCGUUCAUCUGCUCACCUUGACUGGAUAGAUAAUGUCAUCAAAAAGGAUAUAUAUGAUACUUACUCAUCUGGUUGUGGAAGUGCCAUGGAUCUAAGUGACAGAAUCGGGGAGUUUACUUCUAUGGGAUAUCCAUCCACAUACAGGAAUGAUGGCCGCUGUGUUUGGAAUAUUGCUGCCCCAGCUGAUAAAGUCAUCCAUUUGCAUUUCAACAGCUUUGGUCUUGAGGAAAGUGGAACCUGCAACAAUGACAGGGUUGAGAUAUCAGAUGAACUUGGCAGUGUUGGUGCCCACUGUGGAGACUAUGUACCAGCUGAUCUAGUUAGUUUCAGCAACAAGUUAUCUGUGAAGUUCAGAUCCAACGCCAGGUUGGUAGAUGUUGGAUUUCACGCAUCCUGGCAAUUUGUGGAUCCAUCUUUAAUACAGAGUAUUGCAACGUGUGGAGGACAUUUCCACUCCGACAAAGGAGAGUUUAUGUCUCCAAACUGGCCAAAUUCUACUUAUCCAAGUAGUAAAGCUUGCACAUGGAGAAUAACAGUUGACCCCAGCAAAAAUAUCCACAUUGUCUUUACGAAUUUCAACCUACAGGCUGCAAACUUCACAGGAAGUUGUUUGGAUUUUGUGGAAGUUUUUGACGGAGAUAAAUCUGGGGCAACAAAACUGGGCCACUUCUGUGGUACAACAUUACCAAACACUCUAAAUACAACAGGGAAUACUGCUGUUAUUAAAUUUGUCAGCAAUCAUAUACAGAAUGCCAGAGGCUUCUAUGGAUAUUGGACAACUAAUCUAACUGACAUCCCAACCAUACAAGUGACUCAGCCCAAACCAUGGGAUAGCGUUAUCAUAGACUGGCCUGCGCACUGUGAUCCACAAUUCAUACCGACCAUACCCAAUGACUCUUUACAUCUGAACUGGCAUGCUUCUAUACAGACGCAGUCCAGGCCAAAUCCCCAAUUUGAACAUAGAUGUGCAGGGUCACUAAUACAUUCAGAGUGGAUUCUUCUACCUGCUCAUUGUAUAGACACUGCCCAGAAGAUUAAUUCAUUAAGGGUCUGCUUUGUAUCAGAUUCUACUGAGACAUGUGUUGGAACUGAUGCUUUUAUCAGACACGAUGACUUUGUAUAUUCUCAGGACAAUGCCUAUUUUCAUGAUAUAGCCCUAUUACACCUCUCAGAUAAGGUGUCCAAUAUACAGCCUGUCUGCUUGCCAUAUGCUGAGAAGAUUGUUUCAUCUGGAGAGAUUUGCUAUUGGGCAGGCUGGGAUGCUGCUGAGACAGGAGGAGCAAUUACCAAUAAAAAAUUUCAGGUGCCAAUACCUAUUAUGCCCUAUGAAACUUGCAGUCAGGCCGGUUUUUGGCAGAAUGAAUUAACUGUAUCCAUGGUUUGCGCUGGAUUUGAAUCUCCAGAAAGAUUAAAGUCUACUUGCAAGAGCGGGGCUGAAGGAGCACUGAUCUGCCAAUCUGCUUCAAACUCUGUUUGGGAAGUUCAAGGAAUCACAAGUUUUGGACCUAAUAAUUGUCUUGUGGAAAGGAAACCUCAGGUCUUCACCAGAGUAUCAGCCUACAGAGAGUGGGUUGAAGACAACAUAAAAAAAUACAGUUACAAGAAAAACACUGCAUAAACAUACUAUUUGGACUAUUUAAGAUACGACACACAUAAGAUCUUAAUGCUUAUGUUAUUAUGUAGGGUAUUCUGAUAAUUGUAAACGGGACUCGUAUGUAUCUCAUUUGCAAAAUAAACAAUAUUGGCAUAUUUGAUUUUCAAACAAUACCCUUUAUUUGUCAUGACUCAUUAAAUACUUUAAGUUAAAG